AUGCAAAGUGGUGAGAAUAAUUUAUCAUAUGAAUUAAUUACAAAUUCACCAACAAGAAUACGAAACAAAAAAAUAAACGAUAUUUCAUUUAUGCAAGAAAUGGAAACGAAUUCUAUGGAAACCAGACAAUUACAUUCAAGUCAAAAAGAAGCAAUGAAGAAAAUAACCGAAUUCUCAGGUGAAUCGAAUGAACUUAGUAUUGAUGAUUGGCUAUUUGAUUUAACCAAUUUAUUUUCAUUAAUGAAAUUAAAAGAUGAAACAAAAAUUCUUGAAACAAUGGGCAAAUUAACAGGACCAGCAUUACGAUGGUUUCAAGAAAAUUUAAAGCCAUUCACCAAUUGGAAUGAUGCUGAAAAAGCAUUUCAAGAUUGA